UGCAUGCACUUAUAUUCUAGAAAAUAUUUCUGAAGACAUUACAAGUGCAUCAAAAUCUAAAUUAGAUAAAAAACUAAAUUUUUACAGAAAAAAAGCUGCAGUUCCAAAUACAGAAAAAUCUACACAAAACUGGAUAAAGAAGUUUGAUAAAUUUCACCAACGUCACAAUUACACAACACCAAUUGAAUCUAUUAAAGAUCCUCAUCUAAUUGAAAAACAGAUAUGUGAAUAUGUUGUACAAAUAACAAAAAAGGAUAGAGGUGAAUACAAAGCUUUAACUAUUAAACUAGCUAUCAAUAGAAUAAAUAGAUAUAUCAGUAAAAAUAGUACAAUUUAUGGUCUUAAUUUAUAUGAUAAAUAUCAGUUUCCAGAUUUGCAUGAUGCUUUAAACAGUAAAAUAAAAGAUUUAUAG